AUGAUUGACAGGUUUUCAAGAUGGCCUGAAGCAAUUCCUCUGGAAGAAAUCUCUGCUGAUACUGUCUCUACAGCCUUCUAUACACACUGGGUUUCAAGAUUUGGUGCUCCUCAUACUAUUUCUACUGGCCAAGGUCCGCAAUUCAAAGCUACUUUAUUUAAAACUCUCACCAAUUUGAUUAGAUGCAAUCGAAUUAGAACUUCUGCGUAUCAUCCUGCUUCCAACGGAAUAUUAGAGCGUUGGCAUCGUACCUUGAAGAGUGCUAUCAUGUGUCACGGAAAUCAUAAUUGGUUGGAGGUUCUUCCAACUGUUCUAUUAGGACUACGUACUUGUUUUAAAGAAGAUUUAAAAUCAUCUCCUGCUGAGAUGUUGUAUGGGUCAAGUUUACGGAGUCCAGGAGAAUUUUUUCUUGAAGAGGACCCUCCUGCAGAUCCUGAAAUAUUUCUACAAAAACACAGAAUUGCCAUGAGAAAUAUUAAGUCAAGACCUACUUCACAUCAUUGUAACAAGACCCCCUUUUAUCAUAAAAAUCUCUUUGAUUGUACUCACGUUUGGGUUAGAGAUGAUACUGUUCGCAAAAGCCUUCAACCUCCAUAUUCCGGACCAUUUCAACCCGAUUCCACUGUACCAACUUUGCCGUCUUCUACUUCAAUCUCAUCUCUACCAACUUCGUCUUCGACACCACAAUCAACUCAGAAGACUUUGAGGACUUAUCCUGGUUCGAAGAAAAAGGUUCAGUUCGCAACGUAA